UGCACAAACAUAAUAGAAUUAUCUAUGACAUAACAAAAGAUAAUGUCAGAAUAAUGUUUAUAUACUAUUAUCACUAUUAUAUAUACUUAACCUUAAAAAUGCAAACAAGAAGUACAGAUAUUUCAAAAUUGUUACUUAUUUUCAGCUUAAUUAAUAUUAAAUAUAGUAAAGAAUUAGAUCCGUUAGGUUAUGUAGUUUAUUGUCCAUGUAAUGGUCGUUUUGGCAAUCAAGCUGACCAUUUACUUGGGGCUUUAGCAUUUGCUAAUGGUUUAAACAGAACAUUAGUGCUACCUUCGUGGGUUGAGUAUAGAUACGACGAACUAAAAUCUCGACAAAUUCCUUUUAAUACUUAUUUUCAAAUAAGACCCUUACAAAAAUUUCAUAAAUGCAUUACAAUGGAAAAAUUUAUGCAUCAUAUAGCACCAACUGAAUGGCCCCCAGAAAAAAGAAUAUCGUUUUGUUACACUAGUAGAGGUGAAGGAGAAUCAUGUAAUGCUAAAGAAGGGAACCCUUUCGGUCCUUUUUGGGAUACUUUUAGUAUUGAUUUCGUUGCAUCAGAAUUUUACUCACCUUUGCAUUAUGACGUUCAUCACCACGAUAUGGCAAAACAAUGGAACGAAAGAUACCCUUCGAGGGAGUGGCCCGUUUUGGCCUUUACAGGUGCUCCAGCAAGUUUUCCAGUACAAUUUGAUAAUUUAUUUCUACAGAAGUAUUUAAUUUGGUCAGAAAGUAUUUUAGAUAAAGCCAAUCAUUUUAUAAAGAAUGUCUUACCAGAAGGUGCUUUUAUUGGUAUUCAUUUACGAAAUGGAAUCGAUUGGGUAAGAGCUUGUGAACAUAUACCCCAAAGUCCAAAUUUGUUCUCAGCCCCUCAGUGUCUAGGAUAUAAAAAUGAGAAAGGCAAAGCAACAAUGGAAAUGUGUCUACCAACUAAAGAAACUAUAAUAAGACAACUAAAACGUGUAAUAAAAAAGUUUAAUAAUGUCGAAAAUAAUAAGGAUAAUCCAAUAAGAAGUGUUUUUGUGGCUUCAGACAAUAACCACAUGAUUGAUGAAUUAAAUGAUGCUUUGAAACGAAUGGAAAUUAAAGUUUUUAAAAACCACGAUUCUUCACCUCAUGACUACCUAUUCAGUAACAUUUUAUUUUCCUAG